AUGGUUUCUGCUGGACUGCGACAUGCACUGGUUGUUUCAGUUGACGGUGAAGUGCUAUCCUGGGGUGCUAAUCGAAGAGGUCAGCUGGGUGCACCAUGCGAUACUUCAAUUUCUGGUGUCGUCCGGUUUAAUUUCAACCGAUUGUAUGGUAAACCUGUGUGCUGUUCAGCUGGAGCUCAACAUUCCGUCAUCGCUACAGAUAAGGGCUAUGUCCUGGUGUUUGGUGACCUUCGCUACUUUCAUGGGCCUCAAGCAGCUGAUGAACCCAGAGCACUUGGUGAAUCCCGAUGUCUGAGUUUUUCUCGUCAUUUGUUUGGAGAUCGCCCAGUCGUUCAAAUCGCUUCUGGCUGGAGCCAUAUAGUUGGACUCACUGACACCGGGGCGGUUUACACGUGGGGUCGAGCUGAUCUAGGACAACUCGGACGGCCAACAUACCCUGCUGUUGAUUCUGUCGGCCCGCGAUAUGAUCCUACUCCUGGGCUCGUAGUCUUCGACGAUGAUGGAAACGGUAGACCUGUUAAGAUUGUGAAUGUUGCAGCGGGCUCUGAACAUUCGAUGGCGUUAGAUGAGAAUGGUCGUAUUUGGACAUGGGGGUGGAAUGAGCAUGACCGCUGGAAUCAGUAUUGGUGGCGUGGAUCAUCAGU